ACGGCCGCUCGACUGCUCCGCGGAGCCGUCCGGGCGCGCCCAGGCCACCGCCUCCAGUCCGUUCCCCCGGCAACGCCUCGGGCCGUUCCCCCGGCAACGCGCGGCCGUUCUCAGUAGCAGGGGCCAUGGACCAGGGGUCGGGCGCCGGGCCCCACCGGGCUCGCGGCUGCCUCGGCGCGCCGUCCUGCGGAGCGCGGGCUCCGGGGGCACCCUGGGCACGCUUCUCGGCCUGGCUGGAGUGCGUGUGUGUGGUCACCUUCGACCUGGAGCUGGGCCAGGCGCUGGAGCUGGUGUACCCCAGCGACUUCCAGCUCACGGACAAGGAGAAAAGCAGCAUCUGCUACCUGUCCUUUCCCGACUCCCACUCAGGCUGCCUCGGGGAUACUCAGUUCUGCUUCCGCAUUCGUCAGUGUGGAGGGCAGAGGCGCCCCUGGCACACGGAUGACAGGCACUGUGACAGUGGGGCCCCCGUGUCUCUGCAGAGGGAGCCCGCACACUACUUUGGCUACGUGUACUUCAGGCAGGUGAAGGACAGCUCUGUGAAGAGGGGCUACUUCCAGAAGUCUCUGGUGCUGGUGUCCCGCCUGCCCUUCGUCCGGCUGUUCCAGGCGCUGCUGAGCCUGGUUGCCCCCGAGUACUUCGACAAGCUGGCGCCCUGCCUGGAAGCGGUCUGCAAUGAGAUUGACCAGUGGCCGGCCCCUGUGCCGGGGCAGACCUUGAACCUGCCUGUCAUGGGAGUCGUCCUCCAGGUGCACAUCCCAUCCAGCGCAGACAAGCCUGAAUCCGGUCCUCCAAAGCAGUGCAGCCACAAGAACCUGCUGCCAGCCCCGGUCGUCCUCACCAGUGUCCAUGAGCUGGACCUGUUCAGGUGCUUCCGGCCCGUGCUGGCCCACGUGCAGCUGCUGUGGGAGCUCAUGCUUCUUGGGGAGCCCCUGCUGGUCCUGGCGCCCUCGCCCGCAGUGUCCUCGGAGAUGGUGCUGGCCUUGACCAGCUGCCUGCAGCCCCUCAAGUUCUGCUGCGACUACCGCCCCUACUUCACCGUCCACGAUAGCGAGUUCAAGGAGUUCACGACGCGCACGCAGGCCCCACCAAGCGUGGUCCUGGGAGUCACAAACCCUUUCUUUAUCAAAACGCUCCAGCACUGGCCCCACGUUCUCCGCAUCGGGGAGCCCAAGAUGCCAGGGGACCUUCCCAAGCAGAUCAAACUGAAAAAGCCCUCAAGGCUGAAGACCCUGGACACCAAGCCAGGCCUCUACACCGCGUACACGACCUACCUCCACCGAGACAAGGCCCUGCUCAGACGACUGCUUAAGGGCCUGCAGAGGAAGCGGCCGUCGGACGUGCAGACUGCAGUGCUGAGGCAGCACCUCCUGGAGCUCACGCAGAGCUUCAUCAUCCCUCUGGAGCACUACAUGGCCAGCCUCAUGCCCCUGCAGAAGAGCAUCACGCCCUGGAAGACCCCUCCCCAGAUCCACCCCUUCCGCCAGGACGACUUCCUGCGUAGCCUGGAGCGCUCGGGGCCCCAGCUCACCUGCCUCCUCAAGGGCGACUGGCUGGGCCUCUACAGGCGGUUUUUCAAGUCCCCCCAUUUUGAUGGCUGGUACCGACAGCGGCACAAAGAGAUGGCCCAGAAGCUGGAGGCCCUGCACCUCGAGGCCAUCUGUGAGGCGAACCUCGAGAUCUGGAUGCAGGACAAGUCCGAGGUGGAGGUCGUGGAUCUGGUCCUGAAACUUCGGGAGAGGCUGGUUCGGGCACAGGGCCACCAGCUCCCCGUGAAGGAGGCGACGCUGAAGCGGGCGCGGCUGUACAUCGAGACAGUCGUCGGCUCCCUGCCCAAGGACCUGCAGGUCGUCCUGUGCCCUCCCUAGGAUGGGGCCCAUGGCCCGGGGCCUGGCUGCCCCUCGGGGCCUGGGUCUGGCCGAGAUUCCCUCCCCCCAGUCAAGCAUGAGAUCCCCCACCCAAGCUUCCGGUUGCCCCUGGUCCCCCACCUGGCACCACCAUCAUCCCAGCAGACAAGGUGGCAUUUGGAACUACAGCCUGGCCCCUGACUGUUGGCGGAUCACGUGCUGCAGAGCCUCCCCUCCCCCUGGGCCCCACCUGUCCUCUCCAGGGUCUUAGGCAGGGGUGGGGGGCAGGCUGUGAGCCCUGCUGAUCUGAUCUGGGCCAAGGCCACACACCCCUCCAGGAGCCCAUCUGCCCAAGCCCUGCAGGCCCAAGCGUUGCAUCUGAUGCGUCCUUUAGACCCACCAGGCUGCCCAGCUCAGGACGGAAGGAGGCGGCUGACAGGCAGACCCCUCUCCUCACACAGCCCGCCCCCCGCCUGUCUUGCCUGGGGGCUGAGGGGGGAACCUCGCCUGCGGUCAUCACUUGGGAGGGGAGAAGCCGCUUUGCCCGGAGAAGAGCUGUGCCCUGUGGUUCGCUGGGAUGCCGCCAGGACCCGCGUGGCUGCCAGGCGGGUCCAGGGCAUUGUCUUUGUUCCACUCCUGGGACACCCCACUGGGCACCUUCUCCGUUCACUCUGCCCUGCGCUGCUGCUCGUCGGCUGGCAGGCCCUCGAGUCACCCCCGUGUCCAUGCAGCCCCACAGGCAGUGAGGGGCUUGGACUCUAGCCUGACCAGGCCCGCGGCCUUGGGGCACCAUGCUCCUCGGCAAGGAGUGAAAGCCCCUCAGAAGGGAUCCACGCCCCCAUAUGACACCUUGGAGCACUGGGCCAAGCAGUCACGUGCUGUCAAAGGCACCAUCACAGCUCAGCGCACAGUGGCAGCUGGUGGGGGGCAGGGCAGGGGGGGAGGCGCGGACCCAGAGCUGCAGGCCUUUGGGUAAGUCCCACCGAACCCAACCCCAGAUGCCUCACCUGAGGCACAAGGCCUCGUAGAUGCCCGCGUGGGCCUUGGAGGCAACCUGAGCUGAGUCCUGGCUGAGCGAUGGGGUGCGGGAGGCAGGCCGAGCGGGGGGCUUUCCCUUCUCUCCUGAUUCCCCACAGUCCGUGUCCUGGGAUGGAGCAGUGACGCAGCCACUCCUCCCAAGCGGAGUUCGGUGGAGCUGCCAGAUGCCAGAGGCGCUGGCCUCAGAGCUGCCAGCGUCGUCUCGUCCGGCCCUGACCACUGCCUAGGACAGCCCGGCGCGUCCGCAGCCUGCAGACAGCUGAGCUCGGCCUGGUGUGCGACCGCAGUCAGAGGACAGAAUCGAGGCAGCAGAGGGAGAGGCGAGCUGGAGGCCCUCAAGCGAGGAAGGACUUCGUGGCCCCAGUGCCACUUUGGAAAGUCUGCCCCGCUGUCUGGCCGUGAGGGGUGUGCCCCGGCACACUGCACGGCCCCUUCCCUUGGCUUUCUGAGGGUGACUGCGGGUGAUGGAGGGCUGCAGGGGAGCGGCUCAAGGGGGCCUCCGCAAAGCCCUCCGGGACUUUUGCCUCCAUCGACCCAGGAAGGCACAACCUGAUUCCCCCGAAUCCUUGCAUGCUCCCUCGAGGACUGCUUGAGUCCACGCAGCAGCCCCUCACAGCGGCUUGUCCUCAGGAACACUGGUGCAGCGGGAUGUCGGGGGAGGGACGCCUGGCAGAGUGGGCAACACUGCCCAGGGUGGAAUCCAAAGCUGAAGGGUACAGGUGGGAGGAGGUCCCUCCCCUGGAGUGCCUGCGGCUGUCGGGGGGGCCUCCUCCUCACAGCCUGACCCCCCUGCCCAGACAGGGGCCUGAGGGUGCGGGCUGGGGGUGGAGUCCUGCCAACUCCAUCGUCUCCCCCAUAAGACCCCGGGUUCCCUCUCAGGAUCAGGUCAGCUCCGGCUGGGCUGAGCCUCUGUCCCCCCACCAGGCUGGGGACAGGCAGUGAGGAGGGAGGAAGGGGCAGGAAGAUCAAAAGAGGCAGACCCACCACCUACUAGAGCCCCGUGGACAGGAGGCCUGGACGGACAGGAACCAGUGGUCCAAGAGGGCGCUGUGGUCGGCGGCCAGUACGUGAAGCCGCCUGCUUUUGGGGAUCGUGUGUGGGCCUGGUGUGAUGGCCGGGAUGGGGGUGGGAGGGCAGUGGGCUGAUCCAGGGACAGGAAGGACAGUCUUCACCCCCAAGCUUCCUGCACUCUAUUUAAAGACUCCGUUUUAGUCUGCGAUGGUGGACUUCCCACAUCUUUGGUAUUAAAAUGUCCUUCUGUGACUCGA